CUUACUCAGAACGACGUUAAUGAUGUCUACGUUCAACUGCUUUCCUGUCUGCCUACUUUUAAACGAGAUCAUCUUUCUUCUAACUGUUUUCGUGGGCCUCCAAUUAGUGCUGAAUUGCUAUGCCCAUCAGUCGAGCCAGCUUUUUGUUUAAGUAAUCGAGCUUUUUUAGACCUACUUUCCAUAGUUCUGCCUGACGCCGUGCUAGCCAGCAACUCAACGCCGGCAGUAGAGAAGACGAUUACACGGUAUCCCUUAACAACUCCUCCAACAUCAAAUUUAACUAAAGUCUCCUCUGUAUCAAUCAAACUUUUGCAUUUACGUUCAUCUUCGGUGUCUAACUUCACUAAAGGCAGAACUGGUUCAUUUUUUGCCGACUGGCGUCACACCACUUUGAGAAUUGAGUCUCGAUUUGUCGACUUGCAGAAACUCUUCGUAGACCUCGAAAGUAAUAUAGCUGAGUUGACUUCCGACCUAUCAGAAUCUAUCUACAUCCAUGUGAGCUAA